AUGUCGGAAGGUCCGGAAGGGAAUGGAGCCAAUGGAAAGAAAAUUUUUAUUAGGAAUUGUCAAAACUGUCACAGUGUUGCAGCAGGAGGAAAGCAUGCAAUAGGCCCUAACCUACAAAGUGUGUGGGGAAGAAAGAUUGCUACUAUAAAAGGAUUCAAAUUCUCAGCUGCCUUAGGAGGUCAUAAAGGCGAAAACUGGGGUGCUGAAAACUUAAAUCAAUGGCUUGAAAAUCCAGGUGGCUUCGCUGCUGGAAACUCUAUGGCUUUUGCUGGAGUUAAAAGCGAAGCUGAAAGAAAAGAUCUUAUUAGGUUCUUAUAUGAAUCACAUCCAAAGAAUAAGGCUAAAUAA